AUGAAAAAUAUACCAAGGCGUUAUAUACCACAGCGUAAAAAUAUAUGGAAUUUCAAAAUCGAGGACACUUUAAAUAGAAAAGGAAUUUGAUAUGCCAGCGGACAAAGCACUACAAACUUAAGAUUUGAUUUUCUAUUUGGUUUUUAUUUGCGGGACGUUGUCUGUCAUUGACUUUAGGAUGUCGUGUUUCAAUGUGGAAGGAGAAAAACACGUUUCCUACGAGGAUAUACCGAAUGGCGACAUUUCUUUACAGUUCGAAAACGAAAUGCCCUUAGAUUCACUUCAGUUCCCGAAUAAAGGUGAUUCUGUCUUUAAGCCACCGACCCACUCCUUGUUGUAUCAUUUGAACCAGAUCAAGAAAACGGCUCUCAAUCCAGUUGACUUUGCAGCCCUCCUGGGAGAACUGGUGAUAAAUUCGAGUUUCAAGUACUACGACAAAUGUCCAGCUGAGUUCCUGAUAAUUUUCUACCUUCUCGUGAAUGGUUUUAUCCUGACGAUAAGACAAGUGCUUGACCUGAAACUAAGGAUCCAACGAAGAUUGUUACCCCCAUCCAAACGACAUCUUCCACAACAAAUGACGUGCGGAGUUUGCUGCAACCAGUUUCUGACCUUUCUCGCAAUUUCAUUCUUCCUUGCAAGUAACAUCUGGAUUCUGAGUGUGAACCCCGUGAUGAACGACCCGCACAGUCUCAAGUUUUGCCACCCAGUUCUCUAUUCGUAUGUGUGCUGGUUGACUAUAGGAGUGUACUCACUGCUCGCUGCCGGUGUAUGCUUCUGUUUCGGAGGCACGGUGAUCGGGUGCGUCGUGAGAGGUUGUGACUGAAAUUCCGAGCAGUGGGUACAUGCUGCUUCACGAAUUCCCGGCUGCAGAUCAAAAUGAUGCACUUAGAGACGCAAAACGUCAAUUGAUGUCAAUUACAAAUUGAGCAUGAUAAAAUAAAUGUUCCCCAAGGGAGGUACCACAGGGGGAUGGGGAGGGGUGAUCUCCCUUUAGGGGUCCCCCCCCCCUCAUUAAAAACAAAUCCUGGCACCGCGCCCCUGUAUUAACAAAGAAGUACUCCAGAGUAUGACAAAGAGAAAAUAAACUCACUCGUUCUACUAUUUUUUUAGUAGAUGGUUAUAUCUUAGGGGAUCCACGCUCUACAAGCAAUGCUUUUUAGUGGAUCCCCUCAUUUCCAUAUCAGAUUUUGUUAAAACUAUUUUACAAAUAUUUUGGAACUCGUAAUUGAUUUGUAAUCAUUGUUAUCAUAUUUCAUUUGUAUUUGUUUUUAUUUGUAAUGUAUGUUUGAUUUGUAUUUGCUUAUAACGUUGAUAAUGGAAAUGGAAAAUAAACUUGAACUAGAACUAUCCUUUGUGAUCUGGUAAUACGUUGUUGAUUUUGACGAGACAUUGCAUUCCAAUCAAUGUAGUUAGGAAGGUUUUCCUUUUUCAUGCUAAAAAUGGCAACUUUGCACAUUGGUGCAAUUAUAAUCAACAAUCGUAACAAUUGGUUUUCUAUCUCACCUUGAUUAAUAAUAAUAAUUGCUUAUUAAGCGCUAAUUCAAAAGUUAUAAAGCGCUAUACAAAAAAACUUGAGAUAAAACUGCACAAAAUGAAACUUGCAGUACUUAGUAUAAUAGCUAUAUAGUUCUCUGGAAUAUCAUUUAAAUGAUAUAAAUAUUACAAUUGCAGUGUAAAAAAAAUCAUGAACACAUUUAAUAUUAUGAUCCCAGUAAUAAAUUUAACAUUUAAUACUGAAUUAUGGACUUUAUAAUGAUAAUAUGAACUUUGCAUUUUCAACAGUGUUUUGUACAUCUCUUUAUAGGCCCCCAUUCCACAGAGGGGAGACAUUUGAAGGACAUUGAAAGACCAAAUAUGGGCAAAGUCAUACAGCAGUAUCUAAGAUCACUGAAAUUUGUCAUCUCUGUGGAAAGGCUCAGAAAGACCCCUCAAAGGAUUCUAAAAGACUGAUCGAUACUUCUUGUCUUACUGGACUAAGACUAGUCCUCUAGAUAUCUUUCAAUGAUCUUUCAAAAAUUUAUCAAUGAUCUCCACAAAAAUAUUGAGAGACUGUCGAAAGAUCAUGGAAAGAUCUGAUAAGAACUUUGAAAGUUCAUCGACAGACCGCUGAAAGACUGCUGAAAGACCACCAAAAGAUCUUUUUCUUGGAAGACCGUUUCAAAAAGUUUUGGGAAUCAUGAGGACCACGAAGAUCACUGAAAGAUCCAUCAGAAAUCGUGAAAGACCUCCGUGAUCGUUGAAAGACCUUUGAAAGAUCAAGCAAGUUUCAUGGCCUUACAGCAGUCUUCAAGAGGUCUUGCUCUCUGUGGAAUGGGGGUUUUAUUAUGCAAUAGGAACUUAUCAGAGAAUAUUUUAAGUAAUGAUUUUUCACGGCUUUCUUGAAGAAAACAUAGUGAUAAGAGAAGAUUCCUCAAAUAUUAUAGGAAUUCAUGCAGCCCGGCCCAACUCCCAAAAGUCGAGAUAUUGUUAGGAAAAAUAAACCGUUACAUUUUUAUUUUCUUCUGUAUUAUAAGACCCAGACCCCCACGACCUAUAUCAUUGGCAUAAUUAUGUAUGUAAAGUAAUUACACUCUCAUAAUAAUUAUGUACAUUUAAUUCUCUGCAUGUAAACAACAGUGUUAUUCAUAUAAUGUCUUAUAUUCUAUUUCUUUAUUUUUCUUUAUCACGGGCGGUUUCAAGGUAAUUCUGAUGAGGGAUGGAGUGAUUUUUUUCUACUUCUUGUUAAAAAAAAUAGUAUAAAGAUGUUGCAAGACCCAUGCAGAACUCUCUUAUUGGUAGUCCCUUUCCUUUCUUUGUAUUCUCUUCCUCCCUUUUCACUCACUAUACUUUAAAAAUCAUAGAGACGGUAACCCCCUCCCCCGUCACCCCCCCCUUCCUGUUUUACAUUGACACUCUCAUUUUAAUUUACUUUAUACAUUUUCACACUGAAACGUAAAUAAAUAUUUAAGAUAAAAGUUAAACAGUACUUAUUGCAUUGAUGCUCAUGACUUAUGGUUAUUAAUUAUAGGUCUACAUGUAAAUAUUAAUAAAUUGGUUUUUAAAGAGUC